UUUUUAUCGAGAUCACGUGGUUUCCCCCACUACCGUUCGACAACGUUAAAGUGGCGUAACGUGUUCAGUCGUAGUUCGUCCUUCGUAGCGAACAGUGCAUUUUGAUCAUUUGCCGGGAACACCCUCCACCUUUGUCCCCACUUGAGAAGCGGUUAAUAACAUUAUCCACGUCCUUAUCUCGACGACAGACGUUUUAUCGACGAAAAAAUGCCUUACCGCGGUAGAGUGCGACUGCUUAGCAGAACCUGCUUUGCAUUAAGAAACUCGUGUGCAGAAAAGAAUCACACGCAUUUUGCAACCGGUAUACGCGGCAGAAAUUUUUCAGUGAGCAGUGCACUCGACAUGAGGUUCGUACAAUUCACCGGUAAAAAUGGCGGUCCGCAACAUCUUGGGGUACAGCUGGUGCAGGGUGGCGACGUGAUCGCGGUAUCCGCGGUGGACUCGCGGAUUCCUAACACUCUGAAAAAGUUCCUCGAGGGUGGUGACGACAUGCUGAAAAAAGCUAAAAGGGAAGAUGAUGAUGUCGACCUGCAGACCCUUGUAGAGAGAAUAGUGGCUGAAGGACGAAGCGUAAUACCCGAGGCGGAAGUCAACUUUUUGGCGCCAGUGACGCGGAUGGAUAAGCUAGCCUGUAUCGGUUUAAAUUACAUCGGCCACUGCAAGGAGCAAGGUGUGUCACCACCAGAGACUCCUGUAGUGUUCAGUAAAUUUCCGAGCAACAUUAUUGGCCCGCGUGACAACAUCAUGCUUCCCUCGAUUUCCGACAAAGUCGACUGGGAGGCCGAGUUAGCGGUAGUAAUCGGUAAAAAGUGCAAAGGCCUGAACAAGGACGAAGGAGAGGCUUAUAUCUUUGGUUACACAAUAGCACAGGAUAUCACGGCGCGCGAUUGGCAAAAGUCGAAAAGAAACGGUGGUCAGUUUCUGAUCGGUAAGGCGAUGGACACGUUCUGUCCAUUAGGACCUGCCGUUGUCACCAAAGAAGCCGUGUCCGACAUUAAUAACCUGGCCGUUAAGACCUGGGUAAAUGGCAACAUCAAACAAGAUGGAAACACUAAGGAACUGAUUUUUAAACCGCAUGAAAUCGUGGCCUACAUCUCACAAUUUAUGACCCUGUUGCCGGGAGACGUGAUUCUAACAGGUACACCGGCAGGCGUUGGAUUUACCCGCAAGCCUCCUGAAUUUUUACAGCGCGGUGACGUAUUGGAAACAGAGAUAGAAGGUUUAGGUCGUAUGAGAAACAAAGUUCUCUGAUCUGAUGAAUGGAUGGCGCCCCUAGAAAACGUACGGGAACGUUACAGAAGUAGGAACCGUCGUCAGAAUGGUUACGGCUAAAUCUCCGAUCCGUUCUGAACAUGUUCAAUGCACGAUAAACGUGAAGGAAACGGAAGCAGAAAAAAAAAUACGUGUCGAUAAACGCGUCAGUGACUGUACAAAUAUUGGAACGAUACGUCUCGCGUCGCAGGGUAUCGAACGCUAUCGAAGAAACUGAAGCCUGCAUCACACGUUUAUGCAUCACAGAAGUGCUACACCUUUUACAUGCAUCUCAUGGAUUUUACGUACUUGUACAAUUAAAACAAGACUGUUUCUAAAAUAACAAUUUCCCCUGUCUGCGUGUUUUUUU